ACGUAAACAACAAUAAGGAAGUGGAGACACAAGCCCCGAAGAGCUAAAAUGGGACAGUCACGCUAAACUUCAUCAGAAGUUACUUUAACUCUCGGCGUCGACACAUCACUUGCAAUGCAAUAGCCUUUUUUAUUUUUUACAUGCGCCAUUGCCAGCAAUGGAGGGCUCCAAGUCGUCGAGCACAACCAUGCAGGUCAGCUUCGUGUGUCAGAGAUGCUGUCAGCCCCUCAAACUGGACACGUCCUUCAAUGUGCUCGAUCGAGUCACUAUCCAAGAGCUUAUUGCUCCGCUGGUCACAGUGACCCCCAGCAAACAGGCUGACAGCAGUGGGGGGGACACAGCACCAGAGGAGGCAUUUGUAGAAAACAAGCAAGAUGGAGUGUCAAGAAAAUACAUCCCUCCCGCACGUAUGAUGUCCACAGAGAGCGCCAACAGCUUCACCCUGAUUGGAGAAGCUUCAGACGGAGGCACAAUGGAAAAUCUAAGUCGCAGGCUAAAGGUGACCAGUGACCUGUUUGACAUCAUGUCAGGCCAGACAGAUGUAGACCAUCCACUGUGCGAAGAAUGUACCGACACUUUGCUAGACCACCUGGACACACAGCUCAACAUCACAGAGAACGAAUGCCAGAAUUACAAACAGUGUCUGGAGUUGCUGUCACAACUACAAGUAGAGGAAGAGGAGACCCUGAUGGCAGAGCUGCAGCAGCUGAAGGACGAGGAGGAGGCCCUGGUCCAGGAGCUGGAGUCGGUGGAGGAGCAGAGGGCCGCAGUGGCCCAGGAACUGGCUCAGAGCAGGACCCACUCUCAGCAGUUGGACACAGAGGAGCUACAGUACCAGAAGGAGUACAGUGAGUUUAAGCGGCAGCAGCUGGAGCUGGAUGAUGAGCUGAAGAGCGUUGACAACCAGAUGCGUUAUUGCCAGGUUCAGCUAGACCGACUGAAAAAGACCAAUGUCUUCAACGCCACCUUCCACAUCUGGCACAGUGGCCAGUUUGGCACCAUCAACAACUUCCGCCUGGGACGACUUCCCAGCGUCCCCGUGGAGUGGAACGAGAUUAACGCAGCGUGGGGACAGACUGUGCUGCUGCUCCACGCGCUGGCCAGCAAAAUGGGUCUGCGAUUCCAGAGGUAUCGUCUUGUUCCAUAUGGAAACCACUCAUACUUGGAGUCACUGUCAGACAAAUCCAAGGAACUUCCUCUGUACUGCUCGGGUGGCCUGAGGUUCUUCUGGGACAAUAAAUUUGACCAUGCCAUGGUUGCCUUCCUUGACUGUGUCCAGCAGUUCAAAGAGGAGGUGGAAAAAGGAGACACUGGCUUCUGCCUCCCAUACAGGAUGGACGUGGAGAAGGGCAAGAUCGAGGACACGGGAGGCAGCGGUGGCUCCUACUCCAUCAAAACUCAGUUUAACUCAGAGGAGCAGUGGACCAAGGCGCUCAAGUUCAUGCUCACCAACCUGAAGUGGGGCCUGGCUUGGGUCACCUCACAGUUCUACAACAGAUAGACCUGCUGGACAAUAGUUGGGUUAUUGAGUCGUGCACAUCCCACAUCAUGAAUUUUUCUUGGAUAUUCGGCCAAAGGAAGAGCAAAAAAAAACAUGAAGCAGUGUCUCAACGUUCACUCCAGAUUGUUUUUUUUACUUAUUACCAAGAGGAAACUUGGAUCUAUUUAGACUUUCACACUCGAAUGUAUUUCAAAAAAAUCUUUUCCAAAUUCAGAUCUCGCCACUUUGUCAACUUCAAGUUAUUAUUAGUCUCCUGUCGUACUGUCUUAUACACACCUGUCUUAUUUUUAUUUCCGCUUAGUCAAGAGAGAGAACAUCUGUGUUAUAUAUUUGUAGUGAUUAUACAAACAAAGGUAUGGUGUGAUAAUCAGUCAAGGAAGGAGUGGAGUAUUUAACAGCAGUGGAGUAUGUCAGUAUUUGUUUAACCUUUAACAUUGUUACCCACUUACAUACUAUGUUAUUUAGAGGUGCACUGAUACAACUGCAUUCAUACUCUGCACCAUCACAUGUCUGUCUUUGAUCUCAUGGAUGCUCUGAGAGGUCAGACUUCAGUUAAUAAAUAUUUUAAAGCUGUGAAAAACA